GCGGAGGCGAUCAGGAUGUUGGGUGCAAACGACCACGGGAAGUUGUAUUAAUGCCACGCGUGUGAAAGAUAUCUGUAGUUCAAACUGAUCUGCAAACUUUAAUCAUGGGACGCACCAAGAGUGACAAUCAACUAAAGGAAUAUGCCGAGAAAAAUAAGGACAAGACGGUCCUCAUGACGGGCACCGGGGCCCCCAUCGAGGAUAAACUGAAUGUGUUGACGGUUGGUGAAAGGGGACCGCUGUUAAUGCAGGACUUCACGUUUACCGACGAGAUGGCUCACUUCAACCGGGAACGAAUUCCAGAACGAGUUGUUCACGCUAAGGGAGGAGGUGCCAAGGGAUACUUGGAGAUCACCCAUGAUAUCAGCAACUUCUGCAAAGCCGAUAUAUUCAGCAGUAUCGGAAAGCGGACUCCGCUCGCUGUGAGGUUUUCAACAGUUGGUGGUGAAAGUGGGAGCGCCGAUUCAGCUCGCGAUCCUCGUGGGUUCGCCAUCAAGUUUUACACAGAGGAAGGAAUAUGGGACCUUGUGGGAAACAACACCCCUAUCUUCUUUAUUAGGGAUCCUAUCUUUUUUCCUUCAUUCAUCCACACCCAGAAGCGAAACCCGCAAACUCAUCUUAAAGACCCGGACAUGUUUUGGGAUUUCAUCUCCUUGCGACCCGAGACCACACACCAGGUAUCUCACAUCCUUGUGAUGCCCCCACAGACAGAUCAAGGCAUUAAGAACCUGACGGCCGAUGAAGCUGAUACAUUGGCUGCCACUGACCCAGAUCAUGCAAUACGAGAUUUAUACAAUGCCAUCGCUGACGGUAACAACCCAAGUUGGACCAUGUACAUACAGGUGAUGACUUACCAACAAGCCACCACACACAAAUGGAAUCCCUUCGACCUUACCAAGACAUGGCCACAGGGGGAAUUCCCGCUCAUCCAAGUCGGCAAGAUGGUUUUGAACGAAAAUCCUUCCAACUAUUUCGCUGAAGUUGAACAGAUAGCGUUCUCACCUUCACACAUGGUACCAGGGAUCGAAGCCAGCCCCGAUAAGAUGCUGCAGGGUCGCUUGUUCUCGUACCCCGACACCCAUCGUCAUCGCCUCGGUAGCAAUUACCUGCAGAUCCCAAUCAACUGCCCGUUCAAUGUUCGUGGGGGGAAGGUGAACAAUUACCAACGGGAUGGCCCGCAAUGCGUUACUGACAACUCAAAGGGCGCACCAAACUAUUACCCGAACAGUUUCAACGGACCGCUAGAUGGCGCCCACACGUGCCCAGCUUCUCGUAAACAAACAUCGCUUCACGUUGACAGACAACCAGCUUCUGACGUCAAGAAAUACAACUCAGCUGAUGACGAUAACUUUACACAGGUUGGAACAUUCUGGCGUAAAGUGUUGAACGAAGCCGAACGCAAGAGAUUGGCGGAAAACAUCGGAAAUCAUAUGAAGGCCGCCCAACCGUUCCUACAAAAGCGUGCGAUCGCCAACUUUGCGGCGGCAGAUCCUGAAUUCGGAGCCAUGAUUCAAGCUGUCAUCGAUAAAGCCGCUGCUAAAAUGUAAAUGUCGUCAUCAUUUUAUGACGUCAUCAAUAUAAUUACGUCAUCAUUUUAAAAACGUCAUCAGAAAUAAUUUUAUCAAAGUUUGACCAAAGUUGCCUUAAAUAAUCAGUUGUAAAAUAAGUUAAUUUCAUUCCUUUGGGACCAUGGUCACAUUAAGCACUUAGCUUACCAACUUAUGCAGGAAACUACAUUGGUUUAUCAUUGUGUAUAUUUAACAUGAGAUGUAAUCAGAUCAUUCAGCUUGUGUAUGUUUGAACUAAUGUUGUGUUGCUUCAUCUAAUAAUUGCAAUAAAUGUAAAUAACUGAUC